CUCUAGGCGCCGUCUCCCUGCAGAGAGCAUCAUGGCGCUGAGCGGUCGUCUGGCCUUGGCCGCGCUCAGAGUGUGGGGCCCCGGAGUUAGGGGAGCCAGCCCAUCCAGACCUUGGACUUUGAGACAAACUUGGGUUUGAAAUGGGAGUUGUCAACUCUGCCUCCAAAGCCAGCUUCUCAGUGAGUUCAAACAACACACAACAGUUUGCCAAUAUGAUUGUUACAGGUGGGAGAAGGCCCAUCUCCCUCUCUGUGGGAGCCUCAAUCGGCUUUGGACGUGGGGGCAACGGUGAGAAGGUGAAGCUGUCUCUGCAGGAUGUAGCUGAGCUGCUUCGGACCAGAGCCUGCCAGAGGGUCGUGGUCAUGGUGGGGGCCGGCAUCAGCACACCCAGUGGCAUCCCGGACUUCAGAUCCCCAGGGAGUGGCCUCUACAACAACCUCCAGCAGUAUAACAUCCCAUACCCCGAGGCCAUCUUCGAACUCGACUUUUUCUUUCAUAACCCCAAGCCCUUUUUCACGUUGGCCAAGGAGCUGUACCCUGGGCACUACAGGCCUAAUGUCACUCACUACUUCCUCCGACUGCUCCACGACAAGGAGCUGCUUCUGCGGCUCUACACACAGAACAUCGAUGGGCUUGAGAGAGCGUCUGGUAUCCCUGCCUCAAAGCUGGUUGAAGCUCAUGGGUCCUUUGCAUCAGCUACAUGUACGGUCUGUCGAAGGUCCUUCCCGGGGGAGGACAUGUGGGCAGAUGUGAUGGCAGACAGGCUGCCCUGCUGCCCUGUCUGUACUGGCAUUGUGAAACCUGACAUUGUGUUCUUUGGGGAGCCGCUGCCUGCAAGGUUCUUAUUACACGUGGCUGAUUUCGCCUUGGCAGACCUGCUACUCAUUCUCGGGACCUCCCUGGAGGUGGAGCCUUUUGCUAGCUUGUCUGAAGCAGUACAGAAGUCAGUGCCCCGACUGCUCAUCAAUCGAGACUUGGUGGGGUCCUUUGCUUGGAGUCCUCGUAGCAAGGAUGUGGCCCAGCUAGGUGAUGUAGUUCAGGGUGUGCAAAGACUGGUGGACCUCCUGGGCUGGACACAAGAGCUGCAGGAUCUCAUCCAGAAGGAAACUGGAAAGCUGGAUGGACAGGACAGAUAAGACACUGGCUUCGACACCUGUGGGAAAGUCACACAGGAGAUCCUCUUUCCAGGGAGACCUCAUGCCUGAAAACAGCUCGGACGGGUCUACAAAUCUGGACCAAACCAUGUGGGACCUGGUUAGUGGUCUUCUGAGGCUGCCUUUGUAAAGACUGGCCAGGGAUGUGUACCCUUGGGGCCAUGCCAUCAGAAUGCAAAGGAGUCCAUGUGUGCUCUGUCCCAUCACUGCGGAGGCUUGUAGUGCAGAAUGCUUCUUUCUGGCAGUGAUCCUUACGGUUAUCUGGAGGGCAGCACAGCACGUCCAUCAUCACCAGACCUAGGCGAUGCACUAGGGUAAUCUACCAUGUCAGUCUCUACAGAGGCAUCUUUGACUAAAAAACAACUUCAUUUCUCCCAUGAAAUAAAUUUUAGUAUAAAAA